AUCUUCUUCGCGUCACUUUCCCCUCGACACGCACAACGCGAGCUGCUGCGUCCUUGGCUACAGAGUCUCGACAACUCCCGCCCACUACACUGCCCUGCUCGAGUUUCCAUCGGCCACCCCGACGAGAUUCCACGCCAAGCAAUGGAAAACACCCCGCCAGGCCCCGCCCGCUUCCCUACUCGUACCCGCCCGCAAGACGACCUUGCGCUCAAGCAUCGUUUGGGCGAGACACCGGACGCUAGGCGAGUCGACACUGGCGAGACGCGAAUCAGCCAGCGAGCCCUCGGGGAGCUGCGGAACGAUGUGCGGCGCCGCGAGGAUAUGCUGAAGACCGACGGCCAGUCCGAACUUGCAAAGCAUAGUACCGACAACGGAAGACGCGCGGAAGGAGCCGUAACAGUGGCGAGCUUGCGAGAGCGGCUGCAGGACUCGCUGGAAGACAACGCUGGCUUGAAAUCGCGAUGUGAAGAACUUUCUGCUGCGCUCGAAGGAAUACAUGUUAUGUACAACCGGCUGGCCCAGACGACCAGCGCGCUUCGCGGGGAAAACACAAGCUUGCAGUUGAAGUUGUUGGCGGCGCACGAAGACCAGACGAUCCCGACAGCAAAGCGUGAGCGGCAGCUCUACCUCGAUUUCAUGGCCGCUCUUCCUCCACCACCGUCCACGCGCCCCGAUCUCAGCCUUCUUGACCCAGUUCUCUCGAAAGUGCGGGCAUGGGUCCGCAUGUCAGCGAUGCAGCGCUCGCGCGAGUUCAUGCUGCUGGCCGGCCGCACGGUGUGGUGCUCUGCGGACAAGACACAUGCGCUGGUGUUCUCCCCGCAGGUGUAUCUCUCUAAGCAACAGCAUGGCGCGGGGGCACCGCCGGAGUGGCAGGUGAACCACGAGUUUUCCGGGCGCAUCGGGAAGAAGGUGGAGCUGUUUGUUCCGGUGAAGAAGGCUAUGAGAGGCGGCGCAGUGGGCGAUGCAGUGGACGACGCACGCGACGACGCAGUGUUCUACGCGGGGGUCUAUAAGGUCCAUAGCCUCCGCUCGGUCCACCCGCCGGGGUCCGCGGUCCCGGACGACGUGUCUGUCUACCACAUCCUGCGCUCCAUGAACAUCGACACCGACCCGGUCGGAGCGUCCAGAAGCGAUAUGGAAACCGUUCUGCAACAGGCGGUCCCAGCGGACAUGCCGCGUGGCGUCGAGUGCUUUGGGUUGCAGUGUGUCGGGUUCAACAACAACCUCUACAAGCGCUUGCGGAGGAGUGGCCUGGGGGUGUUGGCGCGGAGUGCCGGCGUCAAGCGGAGUGCAAGCGAUGCUGACAUUAGAGGCGGCGGUGCGAGUGCGAGUGCGGCGGGCGCGAGAAAGCGGCGCCGGGUUGGCGGGCCCGGUGGAUCAACCGUCCGGUCGCGUCGUCAUUGA